UUUACUGUAGACAAGCAUGCAGACAACGAUAUACCACACAGUAGGGUUCCUCCUUCCUUUUCCAUUUAACCCAAAGUCAAUGUAUUCAAGCCAUACCUGAACUGGGUCUGGGUUUCAAAGAGUGCUACUCUCCAAAGGGUCAGUGAGAGAGUGAGAGAGGGAUAGAGAACGAAGAGCCAAAUUAUAAUAAAAGGGUUUUUUUUUAGGCCUUCUUUCUCUUUCUUUUCUCCAAAUAAUAGAAGAAAAUUAAAAAAAAAAGUGAUCUUUUUUUUUUUUGGCUACAGAUAGAGAGAGAGCUGAGACAUUGGGUAUUUAUCCUUUUGUCUCCUCUAUCUCUCUGUCUUCUUUUUUUUUUUCGCCGUAGUUUGAAAGGUUCAUCUUUGAUUGACCUCUCAAGUAUAUAAGGUUGUUUCUGAGAUACCAAGUUCAUCUUUUGAAGCACUCUCUUUGGUUUGAGAAUUGGGGUUGGUGAAUUGGCACCUAAAUGUUCAUGGAUGAAGCUAAUUGGUGAAUAAGUGACAUAGGAGAAGAAAUAGGAACAAGUUUUGGACUUUUUGAGGGUGCUUUUAUCCAAGAGAAAAGUGGCUUCUUUGAUGAGUUUUGGGGGUUUUUCAAACAGCAACUCAGGUAGUGGAGGUGCUAGAAACAUAGCAGAUAUUCCUUACAACAACGGUACCACUACCAACCACAACAACAACAACAACGAUAGAAUGCCCUUUGGAACAAUCUCACAGCCACGCCUAGUGACUACUCCCACUUUGGCUAAAUCCAUGUUCAACUCUUCUGGGUUGUCUCUUGCACUUCAAACAAAUAUAGAUGGACAUGAAGAUGUGAAUAGAAUGCCCGAGAAUUUUGAGCCAAAUGGUUUGAGAAGGAGCAGAGAAGAAGAACAUGAAAGCAGAUCUGGCAGUGAUAACAUGGAUGGUGGUUCUGGUGAUGAACAAGAUGCUGCCGACAACCCUCCAAGGAAGAAGCGUUAUCACCGACACACUCCUCAACAGAUACAAGAGCUUGAAUCGUUGUUUAAGGAGUGUCCUCACCCAGAUGAGAAACAAAGACUGGAACUUAGCAAAAGGCUUUGCUUGGAAACGAGGCAAGUGAAGUUUUGGUUCCAAAAUCGUAGAACCCAAAUGAAGACCCAAUUGGAGCGCCAUGAGAACACGUUGCUUAGGCAAGAGAAUGAUAAGCUUAGAGCUGAGAACAUGUCUAUUAGGGACGCUAUGAGGAAUCCUAUGUGUUCAAAUUGUGGGGGUCCAGCUAUUAUUGGUGAGAUUUCACUUGAGGAACAGCAUCUUCGGAUUGAGAAUGCUCGGUUGAAGGAUGAGCUAGACCGAGUUUGUGCACUUGCGGGCAAGUUUUUGGGUCGCCCCAUUUCUUCAUUGACAAACUCAAUCACUCCUCCAUUGCCAAAUUCAAGUUUGGAGCUUGGUGUUGGGGGCAAUGGUUUUGGAGGGAUGAACAGUGUGUCUGCAACAUUGCCUUUGGGGCCUGAUUUUGGGGUGGGGAUGUCUAACCAUUUAGCCAUGGUGUCUCCUCCAACUAGACCAUCGGCCGCUACGGUGACCGGCUUUGAUAGAUCAGUGGAGAGGUCUAUGUUUCUUGAGCUUGCUUUGGCUGCAAUGGAUGAGUUGGUUAAGAUGGCACAAACUGGUGAGCCUCUGUGGAUUAGGAGUAUUGAAGGGGGAAGGGAAAUUAUGAACCAUGAGGAAUACAUGAGGACAUUCACUCCUUGCAUUGGUUUGAGACCUAAUGGUUUUGUUUCUGAGGCCUCUAGAGAAACUGGAAUGGUCAUCAUAAACAGCCUGGCUCUUGUUGAAACUCUUAUGGACCCGAAUCGAUGGGCAGAGAUGUUUCCUUGUAUGAUUGCAAGAACCUCCACAACUGAAGUGAUAUCUAAUGGAAUAAACGGAACCAGAAAUGGUGCACUUCAACUAAUGCAUGCUGAACUUCAAGUUCUUUCACCUUUGGUUCCGGUUCGUGAGGUCAAUUUCUUACGCUUUUGCAAGCAGCAUGCAGAAGGGGUGUGGGCUGUGGUAGAUGUGUCCAUAGAUACUAUCAGAGAAACUUCAGGGGCAUCGAGUUUUGUGAACUGUAGGAGGCUUCCUUCUGGUUGUUUGGUGCAAGAUAUGCCUAAUGGUUACUCCAAGGUGACAUGGGUGGAACAUGCUGAAUACGAUGAAAGCCAAGUCCACCAGCUCUAUAGACCCUUGUUGAGCUCAGGCAUUGGCUUCGGUGCCCUACGCUGGGUCGCUACCCUACAACGCCAAUGCGAGUGCCUUGCCAUCUUAAUGUCCUCCGCAGCACCCUCUCGUGACCAUUCUGGUACCUCUCAUAGAGCAAUAACGGCGGGUGGAAGGCGAAGCAUGUUGAAGCUGGCACAACGUAUGACGAACAACUUUUGUGCAGGGGUUUGUGCAUCGACGGUGCACAAAUGGAACAAGCUGAACGCCGGGAACGUGGAGGAAGAUGUGAGGGUGAUGACCCGGAAGAGCGUGGACGAUCCCGGUGAGCCACCGGGGAUUGUGCUGAGCGCCGCCACGUCGGUGUGGCUCCCAGUUUCACCCCAAAGACUCUUUGAUUUCCUACGUGACGAGAGGCUCCGAAGCGAGUGGGACAUACUCUCCAACGGUGGUCCCAUGCAAGAGAUGGCCCACAUUGCUAAGGGACAAGACCAUGGGAACUGCGUCUCUCUCCUGCGAGCCAGUGCGAUCAAUUCGAACCAGAGUAGCAUGUUGAUACUGCAGGAGACAUGCAUAGACGCGGCGGGGUCGCUUGUGGUGUACGCGCCGGUGGAUAUUCCUGCCAUGCACGUGGUCAUGAACGGUGGUGAUUCGGCUUACGUGGCGUUGUUGCCGUCAGGGUUUGCUAUUGUUCCUGAUGGGCCUGGGUCACGUGGGCCGCAGAAUGGGGCAACCGCCAACGGCGGUGGUGGGGCGCGUGUGAGUGGGUCCCUUCUGACGGUGGCGUUUCAGAUACUUGUGAAUAGUCUCCCAACGGCCAAGCUCACGGUGGAGUCAGUGGAGACGGUGAACAACCUCAUCUCCUGCACGGUUCAGAAGAUCAAAGCCGCUCUUCAAUGUGAGAGCUGACUGUCACGUGAUCAUGAUCUUCAGGUCACGUGAACCGUUGGGGCACUCUUGAAUUAUUUUUUCCUUUUUAAAUUUUUGGGAAUGUCUGUUCACGAAAGUUAAAAGCGUGUGAAAGACGCGUGGAAGUGGGUUUUGAAGAUUGGAGAAAGAGGGGUGUUUGAGUCAAGAACGAACCGCGCAUGAAAAAAAAAAAGAAAACUCCUUGCAUGGUGGUAAGGAUCCAAAUCCGUCGGGUCGAGUCGGGUUCUUACCACAAGGCAAGGGUGGUGGUUCGGGUAUUGACUCGCGUUGACCUCAUGUUUGCUCCACUAGCUGGAAAACAAGAAAGGAAUAGAGGAAUGUGAAAAAUAAAAAUUAAAAAUAAUAAGGUAUUUAUUAGUAUUUAUUAAAAUGUUAUUUUAACUUGUAUUGGAAUUGGUGGAGUUUUUAGUUUGUUAUGUAAAAAUUUCGCUCUUGCUAUUUGAUGAGCAUGU